GUGUGUGUGUGUUCUGUGUGCUUUACUUAAUUUUUUUGAUUUUUUUGACUGAUUUUGCUCGUGAACGCACCCCUGCAAGAUCAGACAUGCAGGUCCUUAUCAGCAGGUUGAACAAACCCUGAGGACCAGUAACCCAGAGAGAGUCAAUAAACUGCUGACUGACUGGGACAGCAGAGCACUGCAGACCUGCGUUCAAACACUACUCAAAAUCUUUUCAAAUACUUUAAACGUUUGUUUUACUCUGCCUGGAGUGCCAGGUGGUGCAGAUUUGCACUUUUGGGACUAUUCUCUUGGUUCCAUUGCACCAGGUAAGCUUAAUGAAGCAGAGAUAAUGUACUGUAAAUUAUUUUGAAUACUAAUUGAACCCAGGUCUAGAUCACACAGAGAACACAUGGCAUGAGAACCAACCCCAACCUUAUGGCUCCUGACAUGUACAUCACAGCCCAGAGCUGUGGUAAUGAUUGAAAAGUAUGCCUGUAAUGAUGAUAAGCUCUUUAUUGUUCGGUAAACUCUGCCAGCCCUAAAGUUUAAGGCCAGAGAUCUAAUUAAUUGAUAAACUUUGACUUUGUAGUGCAAUGCUGGCCGCUCUCUCAGAACGACUCAAGCACCUGCCUGUGGGGACUUGCAGGGUGUGUGUGUGUGUCUGUGUGUGUGUGGUGUGUUCAAGUCAAGGGCAGCUCUGCAAGAACUCCUGUCUUUGUGAGCAGGCAUGCCAGGGUGUGUUUGUGAGUCCAUCUAGCCCUACACGCCCAGCAUGACACCCCGGGCUUCUCAUUAAAGUAAAAACUAUUCAGACAUCCCUGUGCUGUUUGGAGAUAUAUCUAACCAAGAGGGCAGACUAAAGGUACUGAAAUAGUCCUAUACAGUUUCUAGGGGCUUUAUACCUGCUAACAAUGUUGACACAAAACAAACACAGAGCAAAUCCUAAUAUGAGAUUGUGUGCAAAACUCUUUAUUUCGUGUAAAUCUCAUUUUACGCACACAGAUGUCAGGAUAGGAUUCGGCCCAGAGAGUCUAUGGCAGCGGCUGAGACAGAAUUUCAUCGGAUGCAACAGCAGCAGGAAGGGUUUUGCUACUGAGGGAGGAGUGGUGAUAAUGUGAAUGUUUGUUCUCCUGUGUUGUUUGAAGGUGGAUGGGGUGGUGGGUGCGCGGUAGGAUGCGUGCCACGCUAGAAGCGGCGCGUUGCUAUGAGUGCCCAAACCUAGGGACCUGACAUCGAGGGCAGCGGUGCCAUUUCGAUCAUUGAUUCAAUUUAAUUUGUGCACCUCAGACACCGGGUGCGGAUGACGGAUUUACCCACGGCCGGGCUAUUUAAAUUACUUUUAAAUCAUAAAAGCAAAGAAACGAGGCGCGAGGGGAAGAGGUUGGGGGGAUAGGCAGAAAGCACUCGCGCGGCGGCCGCUGAUUUCCCUGGAGCAAAUUAGCUCUAUAUCAGACCUGGCGACAGGCGGUAAUCUGCGUGAUAGGGAGCAGAGAGGGGGUGGAGGGGUUGGUGGGGGAGAAGGGUGGCCGCCCCCGGCGUGUCACUGCUUCAAUCUUCUAGGGGUCAGACGCAACAACAAUAACCACACACACCACCUCGCUGUGAGCGACGGUCUACAGCGGGGAGAGGAGACAAUUUAAGCGUUUUAUGCAUCUUCCAAGGCCUGAUUUCAAUUUCUUGAGAUAUAAUUUAGAGUCUUUCGGAUUAGGUUGCGUGCCCCUUGGAUUUUAUGGGCCUAGUCGACUCCUCUUCCAAUUCAUGCGGCUCAUUCGGUAUUUGAUUAUUCAACUGUGCAGCAAGUCAUAAGUGCCAGGACUAUAUCUGAUUACUUAUACUAAUAUUUUAUAAUAUUGGAAUAUUCAUUAUAAUUCUUUGACAGUUAUUAUAAGACUUUGUUUUUUGCCUCUAGGAGUGUCUAUUUGGAUCUCAUUUUCGAUUCUCAUCCUAUUCACAACUAGGCUAAAUAAAUCGCAAAAAAAAUGAUUUGUGGAUUAUGUUUUGUGUCCUUGAAAGAUUCCUUGAUAAAAUUGUUCUGAUAAUUUGAAAGUAAAUUAUCUAAUCAAAAUAAUGUAGUCCUGUUUUCACAACAUAACUAAAGUCUGUUUUUAUUAAAGUCUGUUAUUAUUCAAAUCUAGCAGUUUAUUCAAAAAUAUAAGCAAGAAUAAAUGCACAGGCAUUUUAUUAUGUGACACACUUAGGAUAAUGAAACAUAUUUUGCAAACAUUUCUGCUUUCGAAAAUAGUUUGAAAAUAUGACAUGCCAUUGUUAAAUAAUGAAUAUGAAAUUACCUUAAUUUUAUUAUUAAUUCAUGUUUAUUCAAAUGAAAAUCGAAGAUGUGUUGUGUGUAGGCUACCAUGGCAUUUUUAGGCCUAUACUUUAAACUAUGUCUUUCAGAGAUUGUUGCAAGAUUGUUGCUGAGUGGAGCAUCAUGGAUAAAUAAAAUUGAUCAAAGAAUAUAUAAUGUUCAAUAACCUAUAGGCCUACCAUUGUGAUACAACUAUGAGCAAUUGGGCUUUAUAUGUUUACUUCAUAAAAUAUUACUGUCCUUUCAAAAUAACUAUCACUUAGGACCUUAUAACAGUUGCUAGUGAUUAUUGGACUAGUUGCAGAUUUGGUCUGGGGGUAGUAAUCACAAUAGUAUCUCAGGAGUUAAUGCCAUGACGACGACGUAUUCUGCUUCUCCUGCUAGACCUGUUAGAAACUGGAUCUUUGUUCUUUUUUGAAGUGCUUACGGCUCAACAAUGUGCACAUGAUCUGAGGUGAGGACCAGCUACAGUAGGCCUAUGCCUGGUUUCGUUCACAUACCUGCCCGCAUUCCUCCUCAGGGGUCAGUCAGAUAAUGCAGAUUGCUUGUUUGUAUGGUGGCUGUUAAAGGUGGGAGACAACAGGGAGAUUCCCCAUAGCGCACUGAACGGAGCCGGGAGGCAGGAUGCAGUGUUGUUGCACCACAUGCAGACAUAAAGAGAGCAAAGCAAUUGUUAUUCUGCUUCUUAUUGCUGCAAAUAACUUAAAACCUUAUGACACAUACCAAUAUAAGCCUAUUUCACGUUUAAAACUAACGGUGCUGAUUUAAAACGAGUUGUGAGGCCUAACUAGGAAUAUGACAGACUAAUAACUGACAAAUUAUUAUUUAAAUGAUGUUGUUUUUCUGAUUUCUAUCAUUUCUUAUGUUUUUACAUGAUUACCGAUAUGCUGUUGGCCUAUGUAAACAGGCCUAAUUACUUAGGCUAUUAGAAAUUAGUCCACGACAUGGAAGAUAAGACAUGUGGAGGUUGACCUAUCUAUUCGAUGCUAAAUCACAUUUAUAUUGCACUCUUUUACGGUUUAUGUAUAAUUCUAGCUCAUAAAAUUGAAUUACAUUGGUAUUUCAACCUGCAGAAACCCAUGGGUUUUAAAAUAAGCAAAUCGUUAAUAUUGUACUAAUUAAAACAUAAAUCACUUGCCAAUAUUUCCUCUGAAUAGACAUGCAGAACAGAUAAUGAUAGCAGGAUUUAUUUGAUUUAGGCUAUAAAUAUAUCAAAAUGAGCAAAAACUACAAAUAUGUGACAUACUUGUAUUAUUUUCGUCGUCAUAGUUAUUAUUAUAAUCACAAUGUGGUAUCUUAUGUUUAAACAAUCAUCAUCAUUAUUAUAAAUAUUGUAUACAUUUGUACUAAUAGCUAUGUAAUAACUAUUACAUUAUUUGUCCUAUUAUAGCCUAGCCUACUUGAAUCUUAUUAUCUGAUUCAGGCGCGUUCAUAAUGUAACAACACAUACAAUAGAAAAGGCUAAUAUUGCUACCAGCUCUCGCAGUCUCACGUCACAAUUAGACACAGCAGAAUGUGUUGCUGACAGACAGAGGGAAAGAGGUUGGACAUAUCUCACGCAGGAGACGCGUGAGGCGCGUUCAGAGUGUUCUUGAGUCGCGUGGAAAUGAGAGAGUAAUUAGUUAAUUAGAAAACGGUCUACUAAACUCACCCCUCGAGCACCUGCACGAGCCAAUCACAGCUCAGACAGCCACAGGGGUGGGAAGACCGCGCGUGAAGGAGUGAAACACUUGCUUUAGUACGUUAAGUUGCUAUUAAACACCAAGACCUGGCUGUUAGUCAUCACAUGUGAUGUGAAUGCGCGGAUAGAGGACUACAGAAACCAAAUGGACACUUGGAAAGCAUUGCAAUUUAAUAUUUUGUUGUAUCAAUGUUAUUUCCUAAUAAUUUAAGCUCUUCAGAGAUCUUCAGCGAAUACUGUACCAAAACUGUUCCAGGUAGUUGAUAGCGAGGGGAUGAGCUAAGCUAACGAGCCUGCUAUCGAAACGCAUACCAAAGGUGUCUUGUCUCAAAUGUAUAUAUCAGUGCUCUGACUUAUUUUGGUUACGAGAGGGUUGCACUGGCAUCCUCACAGUGACUUUUAUCAAAAAGUGAAAUAAACAUUUAAAACAGAAGAUUGGAGUUGGAGCCAUAUGCGCUCUGACGCACAGAACCAGUGUACAUUGGCAGGUCUGACCUUUGAGCAGCUCGCGGCAGUUUUCCUGAUGAGAGCGGGUAUGGAGAAAUCGAAUAAUUUUCGAAUCGAUGCUCUGCUGGCCGACGAGACUCACCGGGGGAACCGAGACCUCUCCCCAGGUCUGAGCAACGACAGCCCCGCGGACAGCCCCGUGUCCUGUCGGCGAGCGGACACCCCGUCCCCGCGCGGGACGCCCAUCCAUCUUCAAACCGGGAUAAUCCCCAAACCGGGACUGCUGAACCUCCCUCACACAGGACUCGCCUCGCUACCCCAAAUGUACCCGGCCCCUAUGUACCCAUUAUCGGCUUUGGGUGGCCAGCACCCUGCCUUCGCCUACUCCGGCUUCACUCACCUAACCCAGCCGUACCCAGACCACCUGAAGGCGGCUGCCAUGGCAGGGUCUCUCCCGCUGGAACACUGGAUCCGGGCUGGAAUGAUGAUACCACGUCUUCCAGACUACAGUUCACCCCAGGCAGGACUCCUGGGGAAGUGUCGUAGGCCCCGGACAGCUUUCACCAGUCAGCAGCUCCUUGAACUGGAGAACCAAUUUAAACUCAACAAGUACCUGUCCAGACCCAAACGCUUUGAGGUGGCCACCUCUCUCAUGCUGACCGAAACACAGGUGAAGAUCUGGUUCCAGAACCGGAGGAUGAAGUGGAAACGCAGCCGCAAGGCCAAGGAGCAGGCAUCUGUGUCUGCCCAGUCUGAGAAGGAGCGACUACGCACCGGGGGAAAACCCACCAAUGGCAAAUCAGCUGAGAAUAGGCGAGCUUCCACUCAGGACGACGAGGGAGAGCUAGACCUAGAAGAAGCAGAGGAGGAAGAGGAAGAGGAGGAGGAGGAGUUUGCUGUUACCAUGGGUGGCACCGUGGGGUUGCAGCGUUCAACAGACUUUCUGAAGCUCACAGCGGAGCUUGGUUACAACCCCCACAGUCCCUUCUCUGAGGACGAGUUAGAGGGGGCGCCAGGGGGGGACAGGAAGACAGGCGCAGGGUUGUGAAAAGACUAAGACACACCCAGAAAGGAAAAUGCCAGAGACACUGCUGCUUGACACUGGGUCUGGGGAAGUGGGGAUCUAUAGUGUAAAAAGAGAAAGAAAUGGAUGUGCCAUUUCAAAAGCCUAUGACAGUGUUUUGUGUGUACAUAAUGCUUAAUGCAGUUUAAUGAUUCUGUGGCCCUGAAGGAGUCGUUUAAGGCAGUGGUUCCCAAAUUCCAAGGUUUAAAAAAAUAAAAAAAAAACAUUUAUGCCAGUCA